AAAAUCCCCAAGCGCAUGGCGGUGGUCACUUCGACGGCUCCCUGGGCCACUCGGUUCACUGCUCUCCUCGCCGCCCCCGCUCGUCUCCGCAUCUCGCUCUCGAUCGGACUACCGGGGAAGCACCGCACCCUCCCGUCCAGCCUUCGGAGGACCAUGGCGUCCGCGUCGGCGGCGACUCCGCCACCAUCCGGUGUUGGCGAGAAGGUCACGGCGCCGUACGGCUCCUGGAAGUCCCCCAUCACAGCCGACGUCGUCGCUGGCGCUGAUAAGCGUCUCGGCGGCAUUUCCGUCGGGGGAGAUGGCCGCCUCGUCUGGAUCGAGACCCGCCCCGAGGAAGGAGGACGUGCAGUUAUUGUGAAGGAAUCGACAAAAUUGGAAGAUAAACCAACAGACGUUAUACCUUCAGAGUUUGCAUCACGAACCUUGGCCCAUGAGUAUGGUGGUGGUGCUUUUGCUGUUUCGGAGGAUAUCAUUAUUUUCUCUAACUAUAAAGAUCAACGCUUAUAUAAAUUUUUUGUUGGAGGUCCUUCACCAGUACCUAUUACUCCUGACUAUGGUGGACCUUUAGUCUGUUAUGCAGAUGGCUAUUUUGACCCUCACUAUAGUCGCUAUAUUACUGUAAUGGAAGAUCAUCGCAAAAGCAACUUGAAUCCCAGCACUACAAUUGCUUGUAUUCAUCUCAAUGAUGUAAACAUUCAAGAUCCAAAGGAACUUGUUAGCGGCAAUGACUUUUAUGCUUUUCCACGUGUUGAUCCAAGUGGGAAGAGGAUGGCAUGGAUAGAGUGGAGCCACCCUAACAUGCCUUGGGAUAAAGCUGAACUUUGGGUUGGAUAUUUCUCUGAGAAUGGAGAGCUGUCCAAGCGAAUAUGUGUUGCUGGUGGUGAUCCUACAAUAGUUGAGUCUCCAACCGAACCAAAAUGGUCACCCAAAGGGGAAUUGUUCUUCAUCACUGAUCGAGGCAGUGGGUUUUGGAAUAUUUAUAAAUGGAUUGAACACAAAAACAAUGUUGUAGCUGUUUAUCCAUUUAAUGCCGAGUUUACAAGACCUCUAUGGGUAUUUGGCAUUAGCUCAUAUGAUUUUGUUGGAAAAGAUGGGGAAAAUGAUAAUAUUGUUUGCACUUACAGACAGAAUGGGAGGUCGUACAUUGGAAUUUUGGACUCUGUUAAGGGUUCCUUUUCGUCACUUGAUAUUCAUUUGACUGAUAUUGGUAACAUUGUUUCUGGCUCCUGUUGCUUAUAUAUUGAAGGUGCAUCAGCUACCCAUCCAUUGUCAAUUGUGAAGGUGACACUAGAUGCAACCCAAUCAAAAGCAAUAGAAUCUUCAGUACUUUGGUCGUCUUCCCCAGAUUUAACAAAAUAUGAACCAUACUUUAGCUUGCCAGAAAUUAUUGAGUUUCCAACUGAGUGUCCUGGCCAGAAUGCUUAUGCAUAUUUUUACCCUCCUUCAAAUCCCAUUUAUCAAGCAUGUUCAGAUGAAAAACCUCCAUUAUUGGUCAAAAGCCAUGGUGGACCAACAUCUGAAUCACAUUGUAUACUGGAUCUUAAUAUCCAGUACUGGACUAGUCGAGGGUGGGCUUUUGUAGAUGUUAACUAUGGAGGAAGUACUGGUUAUGGGAGAGAAUACCGAGAAAGACUUCUAGGACAGUGGGGCACUGUUGAUGUUAAUGAUUGUUGCAGCUGUGCUAGAUUUCUGGUAGAAUGCGGAAAGGUGGAUGGAGAACGGCUUUGUAUAACUGGAAGGUCAGCUGGUGGAUACACCACAUUAGCUUGUCUUGCUUUCAGAGAAACAUUUAAAGCUGGUGCAUCUCUGUAUGGUGUAGCUGACUUAACUUUGUUGAGAGCAGAAACUCACAAAUUUGAGUCUUACUAUCUUGACAAUCUUGUUGGAAGUGAAAAUGCUUAUUUUGAAAGGUCUCCGAUUAACUUUGUUGAUAAAUUUACCUGCCCAGUGAUUUUGUUCCAAGGUUUAGAGGACAAGGUUGUACCCCCUGUUCAGGCUCGGAAGAUAUACAAGGCUUUGAUAGACAAGGGUUUGCCGGUUGCUUUAAUAGAAUACGAAGGAGAACAACAUGGGUUUAGAAAGGCUGAGAACAUCAAGUUCACUUUGGAGCAACAGAUGAUGUUUUUUGCUCGUCUGGUGGGGCACUUCCAAGUUGCUGAUCCUAUUUCUCCAAUCAAAAUUGAUAACUUUGACUAACAUAUCAAUGUCUCUAUGUCCUAAUGCCUGGAGUAUUGAUUUUUUCUCCGGAGCUCAAAAGUAUGGUAUUCUGAUUACUUGGAUUGAGAAUAAUCAAAGAUCAGAGGGGCUACCUGGAAUGUAUAAAUUUUACUAUAUAAAUUAAGGCGGGUGAAAAAAAAAAGGAGAGCCUCCUUUUUCUCCCUUUAUGCUCAAUUGAGACUUUUUUUUUUUUCGUUUUAUCCAUUUAUUUUACAGCUUUUUUCUUGUGAUUCCUUUUAAAAGGUGUGAAAGGCUUAGGAACACAAAGUAAAAAAGAAAGGAGCCUCAACUGAGAACAGAAAGAAAAAUGGCACUCUUUUUCUUGGAA